AUGUAUUCCCAAGCAAUCCUUUUCGCGGUCCUAGUGGCCAUUGCUGAAGCUCGUUUUGGGCAAGAGCAACUUCCGAUUGCUGCAAUUCAAGCUGCACCAGGAGGAGAAUCAGGGCAAGCGGCGACACUCGCUGGUGCAUCUAUCUCCACCCUGCUCGGAGCCGCCGACCCUUGCGACAAGCUAAAGCAGGCCGACUUGAUUGUUGCGACACUUGGAGACGGUGCUAUUGCAGCUGCGCAAGGACUUGUGGCUGCCGAGCAAAACUUCAACCCCUUUGCCACUGACAUUCCGUCGAUUUGUGGUGACCCAACCCUCCCUACUACUGCGGCACUUCGAGGUAUCGUGCCAUUAGUCGAUCCCGCCGUCGAUGGCUCCGAUGUAGAGAACGCCAACUCUGCUGCUUCUCUCAAGACUCCUUUCGACGCCACGGGUUUGAGCGUUGCCGAAGUCAUGGCAGCUAACGGCUUCUCCAGCCUCAACGUAAAGGGAGGAGCAGCUGUUGCCGCCCCGGCUGCCGCUGCAGGAGCAGCUAAAGGAGCAGCUAAAGGAGCAGCUAAAGGAGCAGCUAAAGGAGCAGCUAAAGGAGCUGCCAACGGAGCUGCCAACGGAGCUGCUGCUGUAUCUACCGCCGCACCAGCCGCCGCCACCGCCGCCGCUGCCCAGGGUGGCUGCGGUGGAGCUACGACCCUCGUCACAGUCACCAAGGCGAAGGCAGGCAAGGCAACCGCCGCCGCCGCCGCCAAGGGCGCCGCCAAUUCUGGUGCUGCCGCCGCUGCAGCCCCCGCUGCCGCAGCCACAAACAAUGGAGCAGCUGGCGUUGACCCUGGCUUCCAAAAGUCCUCUAUUGCGGCUCUCGAUUUCGGAACCUGCACCCCUACAAUCAAAUUUGAAGCUGGACUCAACGGACGGAAAGAGACGGAAUCAACCUUCCAAGCCAUCGACCCCCAGGUCAACAAGGGACAGCAAGAGGCGUUGAACCCAAACAUCAUCACCAACCGCAUCUGCGACCAGCUCGGCAAUGUCUGUGGUGCUAGUGAUGCUGCUGUUGCCGCAUGCACUGAUGCUAAGGCCCAGAUCGCGGCCCUAGGAACUAAAGAUCAGACUACAGCCGAUGCAUGGAAUACUGCUCUCGGCUUUGCUGGAACUGAUACCAACCCUGAUAACGCUCCCCAGCCAGGUUUGGUUGGCCAUGCGUAG